AUGGAUCACUCUUAUUCAUUCUCUUUAACCACAUUCAGUUCUUCCGGAAAGCUUCUUCAAAUCGAGUAUGCACUUAACGCAGUCAAUAAGGGGAAAAUGUCCGUAGGCGUAACGGCUACGAACGGUGUAGUGAUUGCCACAGAAAGAAAGGUUCCUACCAUUCUUAUUGAAGAAUCUUCGAUCCAAAAGAUUCUUCCUCUUUCAGAAAAUAUUGGUGUAGUCUACUCUGGAAUGGGACCCGACUUCCGUAUUAUCGCUAAAAAGGCACAGAAGAAGGCUAGUACAUACUAUGCUACAUUUCACGAACAAAUACCCUGUACGAUUCUUGUUCAGGAAAUCGCAUCGAUCAUGCAAGAAUACACACAGUCCGGUGGUGUCCGUCCGUUCGGAAUCUCUCUGCUUGUAAUUGGAUACGACGAAGAUAAACCACGCCUCUACCAGGUGGAUCCCUCGGGCGCGUACUUCUCUUGGUAUGCCACCGCGAUUGGAAAGAACUACAUAAGCGGAAAAUCGUUUUUGGAGAAGCGAUGGAGCGAAGACAUGGAGCUGGAGGACGCUGUUCACACAGCGAUGUUAGCGUUGAAAGAGAACUUCGAAGGCGAGAUGAACGAGAACAAUAUCCAAGUGGCGUACGUGUCGGAAGAAACGGGUCGCAAAAUCCACAUUUUGACGCCCGAAGAGAUAAAGGAUUAUUUGGAGGAGAUGGAAUGGAGUGUUUGUUGA